AUGACGAUAAGCAAAAAUAAAAAUUGGCAGGCUGCAGAGCUCAAACCGGUCGGGCCCCGGCUGAAAAAAGCGCUGUUUUCCAAUUGGUGCGUCACCUGGACAUCGCCGCAGACUCCGGUCUACAAUUACCAAGCAUAUACAGCAUCUCAGUAUUUCCUCUUUGGAGGCAGAUUGCGCGGUCUGAGACUUUCCGACAUAUACGAUUACUCCACAUUCAUCUCCACCAUAGUACUUCACGUUAUAUCCUUGCCGCUGUAUAUUAUCUUCGAGGCAAAAUACACAUGGACUCAUAUUUCACCCGCUAUAAUUUUUAUUUUUUGCUACCUUUGGUGCCUGUCAGCCGCGUGUUUCAUUCGUGCAGCUUUUCAGGACCCAGGGGUACUUCCUCGAAAUGUGCAUCUCGUGGAUAACGUUGUCCGCAACGGGUUACCCCUGGAGUAUUUCAACAGCCAGAUUGUGGACGGACCAAAAUCGAAGGUGGAACUGAAAUACUGUACAACAUGCUACAUCUGGAGACCUGUACGUUCGUCGCAUUGUUCCAGCUGUAAUGCUUGCAUUUGGAACAUGGACCACCACUGUCCGUUUCUUGCCAAUUGCGUAGGACAGAGAAACUACUGGCAUUUUCUGUGCUUUUUGAUAUUUACUGUGCUACUCUGUGCACUAGUAUGCGCACAGACAGCUUAUAGAAUCUCGCGGCAAAAUAUCGCCGACACCCCGAUGAGCCUCUUCCUACUCAUAUACGCCGUGGUGUGUGUCAUGUUCCCUGCAUCGUUGCUGUUUACCCAUUUGUGCUUUGGUUUGACGGGCAUCACCACCAGAGAAUAUCUCGCAACAGACAAGCUCGGGCCUUUCUUCUUGAAAGACGUGUGUCUGAACCCAUUCAAUUCGGGAAAUCUGAUUGCAAACUGGUUGCGCCAGUGGCUGCGGCCUCGCGGCGUGAGCACACUUCCGCUGCGUCAACAGUUCAGCCAGACGGAUACCAGAUUCCAGGAGUACGUUAUUGGCUCGAUAACGUAA